AUGUCUGAAUCGAUAAUCGCGCCAACAUAUGAGACGCCCGAAAAAUUACCGCUUAAGGCGUCUAAGGUAAAAAAAGGAGAAAUACAAGUUAUUUUUGGUCCUAUGUUCUCUGGAAAGUCUACAGAGCUGUUAUAGCAUUUUAUUUUAAGUUAUUGCCCAGCCCAUAUUUUAUAUAAUGUAAAUUAAUAUAAAAAUUAAAAAAAAUUAAUCAUUAAAAACGUAUCUUUCUUGGUUUUAAAAGCUUAAAUAAUAAGCAGUCCUAGCAGCCUAUUUAUAUUGAAAACUAGAUUUUAAAUCCGAUUUAUAAAAUUAAAUAUUGUCUUUAAAGAAUAUAUACGUAGAAUCCGGAGGUACAAAGUCCGUAAUGAUUCCUGCAUUUUGCUUAAAACUAAAGAUGCCCGCUAUGAAAAUGAUGAAGAUAAAGUCGUUACUCAUGACUUGGUAAACUACUUAGAAGCAUUUGCAUGUGAUACUUUAUAUGAGGCUGAAAAUGUAGCUGACUCUCAUGACGUUAUAGGGAUAGAUGAAGGGCAAUUUUUCUCAGACAUCAUCAGUUUUGUUGAAGAUAUGGCGAAUAGAGGUAAAAUUGUGAUCAUUGCUUGUCUAGAUUCUGAUUUCAGAAGAGAACCAUUUGGGACUAUUUGUCAAUUAAUUGCCAAAGCAGAAAGAGUUACUAAGUUAAGCAGCAUCUGCCACUAUUGCAAAGAUGAUGCAGCAUUUAGUGCAAGGCUGACACAAGAGCAGGCAAUAAAAGUUAUAGGUGGCCCUGACAAAUACAAGCCUGUAUGCAGAACUUGCUAUUUUUUACAUUCCCAUUCUUCAUAA